AUGGACUCCGAGCUCUACGAAGCCGCCGUGAAAGGAAACGUGGCUUCUUUGCUUGAGUUGCUCGAAAAAGAUAAGCUGCUUCUCAAUCGAAUCAUGACCGGGAAUCACACCGAGACUUCUGUGCACAUCGCAGCCAUGCUUGGACACUUGAAAUUUGUGGAAGAGGUCCUUGCUCGGAAGCCCGAGCUGGUAAAAGAGCAAGAUUCUCAGAGUUCAACGCCUCUUCAUCUCGCGGCAGCAAAAGGGUACCUUAACAUAGUGGCAAGUUUGUUAAGAGUUGACCCUGAAAUAUGUUUCAUCUGUGACAAAUACGAAAGAAACUCUAUUCAUGUUGUGGCCAUGAAAGGGCAUGUAGAUGUGUUGGAACUCUUGGUUCGAACAAAACCUGAUGCAGCUUGUCGUGUCAUCGAACAUGGCCAAAUGAUCCUGCAUUUGUGCGUGAAGCACAACAGACUAGAAGCUAUGAAACUUUUGAUGGAUAUCUUGGGCGAUGAUCAGUUCAUCAACUUAGGGGACGAAUAUGGUGACACGAUUUUGCAUUUGGCUGCUGCCAAUAGACAAACUAAGACUAUAGUCUUCCUGAUUGAUAAAGGAGUAGACCCAAACAUUAUGAAUUCCAGAGGUUUCACAGCACUAGGCCUAUUAGCACAAGGCCAGAGCGUGGAAAGAGUCUCAGAGAUUAUGCAUUCUGUUCCUCAAAUUUCAGAGAAUCUUGACCCAUCCAAACAAACAGUCUACGCCAAUAACAUGGUCACCGCCUUCCAUCCACCUGUAGGAGAAGAUGACAAAAGCAAAGCAAAGAGAAAGUGGCAAAACAAUAUGCAUAAGACGCUAGUGGCGGUGGCGGUAUUGCUAGCUACCAUGGCAUUCCAAGCCAGUAUUACCCCAACCGGUGGCCUUUGGCAACAAGAUGAUGACGAACAUAAUGCGGGUGAGUCCAUAAUGGCAGAUAAGUACCACAAACGUUACAAGAAAUUCAUAACAUGUAACACGAUAAUCUUUGUUACAUCGCUCAGCAUUAUUAUGCUUUUCAUAAGUGGUCUUACUCUAGAGCAGCUUCAAAUCACCACGUGGAUUGCAAUGCUAACCACCUGGGUUGCAAUAAUCUUCACAGCGGUGGCUUAUGCCAUCUCCAUAUGGGUCUUCACACCGUAUGACGCACUGCAUGAUACAAAUAAAACAGUUACAGAUGCGGUGCUGGCAUGGGUUGGAUUAAUGGCUUUUAUUUUCCUGUGCCACAUUGUUCGCUUAAUCCUGAAAAUGGUACCCAAAGUCCAGAAAUUCGUCCGCAAAUUCUCAAUAAGACGGAAGCCGGAGGAUGUUAUGGCUUAG